AUGCUGCAAUCGAUUUACGGCAGCAAAACGUUCAAAGUGGGAUAUUUUAAGAAAAUCCUGGCGAUGUUGGUGAACGCAGACACAGAGGAAACCUCCACAUACCACAGACGAGAAUAGAACUUAGAACCUGCUGGAGCCAAUGACUGACGGAGGAGAAAUGGACACCUGCUGACAUUUGUUUCAUGAAUAUGCCUCCGGGUUUAAUCAAGACUGUUUUCAAUUCUGAAGUCCAACUGAAGGCGGAGGACUUCACCUUGGAUGUCACCAUGGAGGACCAGCAGCAGAGAUACCACAGCCUGUCCACGCCACAUUAAUAAUCAGCCAUGUAGACUCUUUUUCUUGUUCUGGGUUGAAAUCCUCUGAGAUCUUUGCAGCCAUGGCCUUCUGUAAUGAAAGCCUGUUGGAGAAAUGUGACUUCAUGGAGCCAGAGGAAAGUCUGCCGUCAGAAUCUACGACUGUUCUGGCAUCGGUGACUCUCCGUGUCACUCUGGCAGCCAUAAUGAUUUUUAUGAUUACCAUCGGUUUUCUUGGAAAUGCCAUUGUGUGUCUGAUAGUUUACCAGAAACCUGCCAUGCGUUCUGCUAUCAAUCUCCUGCUGGCCACGUUGGCCUUUUCAGACAUCAUGCUGUCUGUGCUCUGCAUGCCCUUCACCGCCGUCACUGUCGCCACUUCUGACUGGAGCUUUGGGAGUGGUUUCUGCCGAGCUGCCAUCAUGCUGUACUGGCUGUUUGUCCUGGAGGGCGUGUCCAUCUUGCUCAUCAUCAGCGUGGACCGAUUCCUCAUCAUUGUUCAGCGGCAGGACAAGCUAACCCCACACAGAGCUAAGAUACUCAUUGCUGGUUCCUGGGUGUUAAGUUUGCUCGUGUCCCUGCCUUCAGUGGUGGGUUGGAGGACAGGUGCAGCUGGUAUUGGUGGCUCCUGGGCACCACAGUGUGUGCUUGGCUACAGUGAGUCAACGGCAGACCGUGCAUACACGGUGCUGUUGGCAGUUGCUGUGUUCUUUGUUCCAUUUACUGUCAUGUUGUACUCCUACAUGUGCAUCCUGAACACGGUGCGCCACAACACCCUCCGCAUCCACAACCACACCAGUGAGCACUCCUGUCUGCCGGCUCUCAACCAAGUCAGCAAAAUGAGGCUAAAUGGCCUACAGCGCCCUCCUCAGGUCAAGGUGGAUAUGAGCUUCAAGACCAGAGCCUUUACAACCAUCCUCAUCCUCUUUGUUGGCUUUUCCGUGUGCUGGUUGCCUCAUACAGUGGUCAGUCUGUUGGCCGUCUUCAGCAGACAGUUCUACUACAGCUCAGUCUUCUACCCCAUCAGCAUCGCAGCUUUAUGGCUCAGCUACCUGAAGACAGUCUUCAACCCCGUUAUCUAUUGCUGGAGGAUCAGAAAGUUCAGAGAAGCCUGUCAGGAGUUCAUACCCAAAAGCUGCAGACUGUGUCCCAAAGUGCCAGACAGGAGCCACAGAAGAGUCAGGCCAAGUAACAUUUAUGUAUGCAACGAAACUCAGUCGGCGGUUUAAUACCCGAGGAGAAUGUCAUACAUUAAAAAAAAACAGCAGCUGUUUACAGUUUCAAGGUCAUUCUUCAAUCUAUCUAUCUAUCCAUCUAUCUAUCUAUCU